AUGCCGUUUCGCGGAAAGCACAACAAAGGCUCUUCCGGUCGGUCCAACUCUGUCCGCGCACGCAAGGAGGCGAGGAAGGCCGCACGCAAGGGACCGCCCCAGCCCCGUAACCCUCCAAGACAGCAGGAGAGGCAUGAACCGGCUGAAUCUUCCUCAAAGCUGAAGGGGAAGCGGCGCGCUUCCCCCGAACUCGAAUCCGACGAAGAGCAGGUUCCGAAGAAGAAGGCAAAGGGUGCCCAGGGUACCACCGUCCUCGCCCAACUCGUGAAGGACAAGGCCGAAGCCAAGAAGCAGAAGAAGUCGAAGAAGGAGCUCGUGCUUCCUGAAGACGACGGCGAUGUCGAGGACCGCGAAAUCGAAUGGCUCGAGUACAUGCUCAAGAAGGAGAAGGGUGGCGAUGACCUCCUGGACUUCACCGGCAAAAUGGAGCAAGGAAAGCUUCGGAAGGAUGACUUGCAGCUCGACAGUGACAGCGAUCUGGAAGGCUACGACGAGUGGCACGGCAUCGAUAGCGACGCUGAGGUUGAUCUCAGUGAGAGUGAGGGUGACGACGAAGAGGAUGGUGAAAGUGAAGAUGAGGAUGACGAAAGCGGAGUGGAUGAGGAAGAGAGCGACGAUGGCGGCGACGACGGGGAGGUUGAUCUGGAGGAGUCUGACGACGAGCAGGUCGCCGAAGACGAUGUCUCGGGCGACAGCGACGACGAUGACGAGUCAGAGGCGCCGGCUGAAGGCAAGGAGAUUGUUGAGACACCUACGCCGGCACCUGCUGCACCCGCUGGCCGCUACAUUCCACCUCACCUGCGAGCUGCUCAGCUCGGAGAGAAGGCUGCUGCCGAUGGAGCCAAGGUCGCCGAGCGCAUGAAGCUUGAGCGCAAGGCCCAGGGUCUUCUCAACAAGUGA